AUGCUUGCAGUUUCAGUUGAUGGAAACCGCAAGCAUUAUCGUUUCAAGAAUGCUGCUAGAUCUGAGGAACAGGCCAUCUUUGAAGGCGUCUUCAUUGCCAAGGAUGAAGACGUGAAAAGAUUUGUGGACCACAUUCACAACACAACCAAACAUGUCAGUGGAAGAGGUGUUUGUGGAGGUGAGUGGUCAGCAGCCAGAGAGACCUCACAAAGAUCUGCCAGCAAGGUAGACGAGGAGGGAUUGGAGCUUGCGGUGUGUCGGCACGGUGUCCUGCUCUCUGCCUUAAAUAUGUAUCGGGGGGAAAUUUUUGCCUAUCCCCUGUACCUGCAGAAAAGCUGGCCAGUAGGUGAAAUGGAGUGGGGCAUAUCAGGAUGGGCUGGUCUAACACUGGGGGAGGAGGUGGAACAGUGCAAUGCCUUCCUCUCUAGGAUUGCAGUGACCACAAAACAUAUGUCAAAAGCAGGACGCACAGACAUGCUCACUCUCAUGGCCAUGCGCUGGAAUCAGCAAAAGGUCAACAAUUUGGCAAUCUCACUGACCCGCCGAUAUCAAAAGACCACAAAAUCUCUGCAAAGCCAGUUACAAAACCUAGAGACCAUGAAAGCCCAAUUGACAGUGACAGCGAGCCAAUUGGAAGACUGGGUGAAUGAUGUAAAGGAUUGGGCUGACGCAGCAACAACAGCAACAACAACUACGAAUGAUGCUGAUGCCCUGGCCAGCAGAAUUGAGGUGCUGGUAGCCAGUAUCAAGAGACGUUCCCAGCGUCUCUAUAAAGAUAACGAUGGCAACAAAGGUCGAGCCCGAAUCCGCCGCAAGAUCAGGGAGGAGAAGGGAAUCCUGACAUCUGUUGUGGAGAAAUACAACAGAAUGGUUCCAAUCACAGAAACUCUUUGCCUAGACACCAUUCUGUCUGGUGAGACAGCUUGCCAUGGCAGCUCCCACACAGUGGUAUGUACACUAGACUGUUGA